AUGGAGCGAAACAUCGACAUCUACGCCAGCAAGCUGGGCGACCCGAAUAUUGAUAUCAAAAUCCGCGCAAAUGUCGCCGUCGAAUUGCGAGAUAAUAUCGAGCCGCUAUGUUCGGGUGCAAGCUACCCCAUCUUCCUCUCGAAGCUGUGGCCGGUGUUCAGGACCAUCCUGAGAGGCGACCCGGUGUUCACAAAUUUGUCCUUCGAGCAGAAACUUCGCAAUUGCAUCCUCGAAACGCUACACCGGCUACCUAUGGCUUCGCCUGAUGUAGAACCAUACGCCGCCGAUAUGGUCGAUUUGCUGAUGGAUUUGGUCCGGGUCGAGAAUGAGGAAAAUGCAGUCCUCUGCAUGAAGACAAUCAUGGAUUUGGAGCGGAACCAGGCCAAGGCGACAGCGACGCGGGUGCAACCGUUUCUUGAACUCAUUCAAGAAAUGUUCCAGACGAUGGAACAGGUCGUUCGCGACACUUUCGAUACCCCCAACCAAUCGACUCCAUCCGGCAUGCCUUCCACCCCGAGUGCUGUCGCCCAGAACUUCCAGUCGCCCCGUCCGAGCUCGCCUGCAACGUCCGUCCCCGAACUCGGCCCCGAUCAGCAAGCGAACAACACUCUUCUCAAGGGUAUGCAGUCCUUCAAGGUCCUGGCGGAAUGUCCAAUUAUCGUUGUUUCGAUCUUUCAGACACAUCGAAAUUCCGUCGCCGCGAACGUGAGGCUCUUCGUGCCCUUGAUCAAGAGCAUCUUGCUUCUGCAAGCCAAGCCCCAGGAGAAGGCCCACGCGGAGGCUGCGGCCCAGGGAACGAUUUUCACGGGUGUCUGCAAGGACAUGAAGAACAGGGCUGCCUUUGGCGAAUUUAUCACAGCCCAGGUGAAGACUAUGAGCUUCCUGGCGUAUCUGCUCCGCAUGUAUGCCCAUCAGCUGCAGGAUUUCCUUCCGACACUGCCCUCCGUUGUAGUUCGUCUUCUUCAAGAUUGCCCUCGUGAGAAAUCUAGCGCAAGGAAGGAGCUUCUGGUUGCGAUUCGCCAUAUCAUCAACUUCAACUACCGGAAGAUCUUCCUCGAAAAGAUCGACGAGCUUCUAGAUGAACGGACCUUGAUUGGUGACGGCCUUACCGUUUAUGAAACCAUGAGGCCUCUUGCCUACAGCAUGCUUGCCGACCUGAUCCACCAUGUCCGGGACCAUUUGACGCGCGACCAGAUCCGACGGACUGUCGAGGUGUACACCAAGAACCUUCAUGACGACUUCCCCGGCACUAGCUUCCAGACGAUGAGCGCAAAGUUGCUUCUGAACAUGGCUGAGAAGAUCUCGAAGUUGGAGGAUAAACGGGAGGCUCGUUAUUUCCUGAUUAUGAUCCUGGAUGCCAUUGGUGACAAAUUUGCUUCCAUGAACCACCAGUUCGACAAUGCUGUGAAGGUGUCCAGAGCGUACAAAGAGAGUAAGAAGGAUAUCGAGCCCUCGCCCGAGAGAUAUCUUGCGGACAAGGACCAUCCUCCUGACUGGGAUGAGAUUGAUAUCUUCUCUGCGUCGCCGAUCAAGACGUCGAACCCGCGUGACCGCGGAGGCGACCCCGUCUCAGAUAACAUCUUCCUCUUCAAGAACCUGAUCAACGGCCUGAAAAAUAUUUUUCACCAGCUGAAGAACUGCAAUCCGGAUCAUAUCCAAAUCGACCCCAACAGCGUGCCCAUCAAUUGGUCUGAGGUCUCCUACGGUUACAAUGCUGAGGAAGUCCGCGUGAUCAAGAAGCUCUUCCACGAGGGUGCGAGGGUGUUCAAGUACUAUGGCGUGGAUCAGACUCCCCCUGAGGUGAACUACUCUUCUCCCUUCGACUUCCUGGCUAGCCAAUAUACUGCGCCAAUGUCGAGGGAGGAGAAGGAAUUGCUGGAAAGUUUUGGAACUGUGUUCCACUGCAUUGAUACUGCCACCUUCCACGAGGUCUUCCAUUCCGAGAUCCCCUACCUUCAUGAGCUCAUGUUCGAGCAUGGCGCACUCCUCCACCUUCCCCAGUUCUUCCUCGCUAGCGAAGCUACCUCCCCCGCAUUCUCUGGGAUGGUGCUGCAGUAUCUCAUGGAUCGAAUCCACGAAGUUGGCACAUCUGAUAUGACCAAGGCGAAGAUCUUGCUGCGGAUGUUCAAACUAUCUUUCAUGGCUGUCACCCUCUUCUCCGCCCAGAAUGAGCAGGUCUUGUUCCCGCAUGUGACGAAGAUCGUUACGAAAUGUAUUGAGCUGUCAGUCACGGCCGAGCAGCCCAUGAACUACUUCCUGCUUUUGCGGUCCCUUUUCCGCAGCAUUGGUGGAGGUCGGUUCGAGCUCCUGUAUAAGGAAAUUCUGCCGCUACUUGAGAUGCUCCUAGAGACCUUCAACAACUUGUUGGUUGCUGCCCGGAAGCCGCAGGAACGUGAUCUGUAUGUUGAGCUUACACUCACUGUUCCUGCGCGUCUCAGCCAUCUCCUGCCACAUCUGAGCUACCUUAUGCGCCCAAUUGUUGUGGCUUUACGCGCAGACUCGGAGCUUAUCGGCCAGGGCCUGCGAACUCUGGAGCUUUGCGUGGAUAACCUGACUGCGGACUACCUCGACCCGAUCAUGGCUCCCACCAUGGACGAACUUAUGACAGCCCUUUGGGACCAACUUCGGCCCCAUCCCUACAACCACUUCCAUGCUCAUACGACGAUGAGGAUCCUCGGUAAACUGGGUGGGCGUAACAGAAAGUUCAUCAACCAUCCACCCGACCUCACGUUCGAACAAUACGCCGAUGAUGCCCCAAGUUUUGACAUUAAACUUAUCGGUCCGAGCGAGAAGCGUCCUUUUCCCAUCGGCGUUGGCAUUGAUCUGGCCAUCGGGAAGUUGAUGGAGGUCCCCAAGACAGCCACAGCUAAAGCAAACGAUGCCUACUACAAGCAACAGGCUUUCCGUAUGGUUUCUUCGCAAUUGAAGCUUCACAUAGGAUACGAAAAUCUGCCGGAAGACUUUGCGUCAAUUGUUCGCCUGCAUGCCAAUGAUCUCUUUGAGAACAAGACCUCGGGUGUGGCUGACAUCUUCGAGAAAUCCGAACGGAUGAGCUCCAUCCCAAAGAAGUUGUCACAGGAGAAGAUGCUCAAGAAGUUGCUGAAAGCUUGCAUUUUUGCCACCACUAUUCCGGACCUAUCCCAGGCGGCUACCAGCUUUGUCGCUGACGUUUGCAAGCAUCUUACCAUCGUCGAGGUCGGGCGGGCCCUAGCUCAGAUAAGACACAGUCGCCAGCCCUUCGAUGUUUAUCAUGGCGAAGGCCCUGUGUACCUUGACUCCAGGAUUUUGGCCGAUGCCAUCGUUGAGUCUCUAUCUUCUGACAAUGUUGCCGUCCGUGAGGGAGCCCAGGCAGCCACGCAAGUUAUCAAGGAAGCUGCUGCCGUCAUAUUCGGUUCUCCUGAGAGAGUUGGAAAGCUGCCGUUCUUCCAACACCUCGGCCGUGUCUUCUGCCACAGCUGUCAUAGCGAGGAGUGGUUUACUAAGGCUGGUGGUAGCCUUGGAAUCCAUCUCUUCGCAACAGAACUGGAUCUGGGAGAUGCCUGGCUCUUUGACAAACACGUUGAAUUCGUCAGGGCCUUGAUGUACGUUAUAAAGGACACACCACCCGAUCUUCCCGCUAGCACGCGGAUAAGGGCGCUGGACACCCUGGAUCUGAUCCUUCGGAGAUGCUGCAAGAAUGUCUCCAAGGAUGAUCUCCAGAAUGAGAAGAGUCGCCUUUACUCUCUCUGCGGGUUCUUCGUCUACGAGCUGUCGCACAUGAACAAAUACGUCCGCGAAGCAUCUCGUCGGAGUUUCUCGACUAUCGCCGAGGUCCUUGAAUGCCAAGUCCAUGAACUCAUCUUCCCCGUGAAGGAACGGUUAUUGCAGUCGAUUUUCAACAAGCCCUUGCGAGCCCUGCCCUUCCCAACGCAGAUUGGUUUUAUUGAUGCGAUCACCUUCUGCCUUAGUCUCCACAACAACAUUGUUACCUUCAACGACUCACUCAAUCGACUCAUGCUGGAAUCGCUUGCACUUGCUGAUGCUGAUGAUGACUCGCUCGCAUCAAAGCCACACGAAUCCAAGAAUGCAGAAAUGAUUGUGAAUCUCCGUGUUGCAUGCCUUCGUCUUUUGUCCAUGGCUAUGAGCUUCCCUGAGUUUGCGAAUACCCCGCAGAAUACCAGUCGUGCUCGCAUUAUCUCCGUUUUCUUUAAGUCCCUCUACUCGCGUGUACCUGAGGUUAUCGAGGCGGCGAACGCAGGUCUGAGAGAUGUCCUGACGCAAACCAACAAGCUACCCAAGGACUUGUUACAGAAUGGACUCCGUCCUAUCCUCAUGAACCUACAAGAUCCCAAGCGCUUAACCGUCCCCGGUCUUGCUGGGCUUGCUCGUUUGCUGACUUUACUCACGAACUAUUUCAAAGUUGAGAUCGGCGCCCGCCUGUUGGAGCACAUGAAGGUCAUUGCGGAUGACUCGGUCCUGCAAAAGGUGUCGUUCGGCAUUGUUGAACAGAGCCCGCCAAUUAAGAUCGUUGCUGCUAUCUUCAACAUCUUCCAUCUCCUUCCUCCAGCCGCUACCUCCUUUAUGGAGCACCUCGUCAACAGGGUGUUGGAUCUCGAAGAAAAGCUCCGUCGGACGUCUAUCAGCCCGUUCAGAAAGCCCUUGGUCAAGUACCUCAACCGCUACCCGAAGGAAAGUCUGGCAUUUUUUACAGCCCGUUUCAAGGAGGAGCGCUUCGGCCGAUUCUUCGGCCAGAUUUUGGCAGAUCCUGAAAGCGAGGCCCUGCGCAGUGCGGUGGUCGCCGACACUGACGGGUUUGUGUCCGCUGCCUUUGGACAAGAGUCAACCGACGGUACUAAUACCGCUGCCAUCAACGGUAUCUAUGUCGCGCACGCCAUCUGUUCGUAUCCGUUGACUAAAAACUGGCUCGUGUCUCACGCGGAUUUGAAAUCAAAGCUCUUGCACGCGGGCCGCGAUCUUCAGAGGAAGCUUCACAAUGAUCAGUUGCCGGCAAACGAGCGGUUACGGGUUGAGCAAGGGGAGGACCAACUGAUGGAUAUAUUCUCUAUUUAUUUGUCGGAGUCGGUUCACGAUCUCGAUUUUCUUUUCGAAGUCGUCGAUGGCUUGUCGGCUGAUGAGCUGAAGCGUACGCUUGCUUUCCCCAAGUUCAUCUACCGUCAUAUCAUUACCAACGAGUCCAUCGACUACCGCCGUUCGGUCAUCAUGCGAUGUCUGGAUCUCUAUGGUCAGCGUUCGUGUUCGCAGAAGAUGAAAACUUAUGCCUUCCGUCAUCUUGUCAACCCCAUAUUUGCCAUGGAUGUGCAGACGACCUGGAACAGUCCUCCGAACGGUCCCAAGCUCAUGGACAAGAGCAUGUCUGAGUUCAUCCAGAGCCGCCUGUGGAAGCCUCAGUUGUCCGACCUGAGUGAGGAGUCGAGCCAGGCCGGCGUUGACCAUUCGCGUAUGGAACUUCUCCAGCUGUCGGCUUUAUUGAUCAAGUAUCACCACCAGACCGUGCAGGAUUCUCGGAAAGACAUCAUCAAGUUUGCCUGGAACUACAUCCGUCUCGAAGACAUCAUCAACAAAUAUGGCGCUUACGUUCUCAUCAGCUACUUCAUCGCCCAUUAUGAGACGCCGUUUAAGAUCGUCGUCCAAGUGUAUGUCGCCUUGCUGAGGGCGCAUCAAAAUGAGGGCAAGGCCUUGGUCACCCAAGCUCUGGAUGUCCUGGCUCCUGUACUCCCUACGAGAAUCCUGUCGGCCAACACCAGCGCUCAGACGUCCGAUACACGGUAUCCAUUGUGGGCCAAGUGGCCUCGGCGUAUCCUGGCGGAAGAGACUGCGAACUUACAGCAAGUGAUGAGCAUCUUUCAGUUCCUUGUCCGACAGCCAGAGCUCUUUUAUGAGUCGAGAGAGCAUUUCAUCCCCCUCAUCGUGCCUUCGCUGAUCAAGAUUGCCUCCCCUGCUAACUCGUCGAACGAGAGCAAGAAACUUGCCCUGAACUUGAUCAAUCUAAUAUGGCAGUGGGAGGAGAAACGGGUGAAGAACAGCCAAACCCCUAUAACGAAUGGUACCCCCGAGUCGCCCAAUGCGAAGAAGCGCAAGCUUGAUGAAUCGCGGGGCACUGCUUCUCCUUCCCCUGCACUUGGGCCGCCAUCCGGGCGGGAGCGUUCCGAGUAUAUGGUGCCUCCUGACUUGAGGGCAACUUUGACGAAAUAUCUCAUCUCAUUCAUUACGAUUAUCCCGGAGAGAUUCCUGGUUCCCGCCUCCCGAAUCCGCGAACUUCAAUCGUCUAAGACCCACCCCCCUGUGGCCACGGGUGACCUAAUCAAGAAGGCUGUGUACUUGUUGCGGAACCUCUUGUCCCCUGAAUACUGGGGUGACCUAGAUAUUGAGCUGUACCAGAAGGUCACUGAGCCAAUUCUCGCUGGAGAGAAGGCAGACAAGCCCGAGGAGAAGCACAUCACUAGUAUGGUGAAUACUCUCCAGGUUAUUCGCAUUCUUCUUGCCGCCAAACCCGAUGACUGGGUCACCGCUCGCCUCCCGCUUAUUCAAAGACUAUUCGAGAAGCCGUUGCGCUCGGAUAGCCCAGAGAUCCAGGAUUCGCUCCAUGGACUAGAGGACGAGAUGGACAUCUCACCCAAGCUCCCUCCUCCAGUCCGACGCGUGCUCAAUGCUUUGCCUGAUGAUCAACCCGAAGAAGAGGAUGCAAUGGAGAUUGAGAAUUCGCCUUCGGAGUUUGUGACUUAUCUUUCGGCCAUUGCUACGGAGACAUUAUCGGCGAACAACUAUGUUUCUAGCUUGAACAUCCUCUGGACACUCUCCAAGAAGAAGCCGGCGGAGAUGGAUGCUCAUAUCCCGCAGGUAAUGAAGGCUUUCUCCCAGAAGUUGGCGAAGGAGCAUGUUGCUCCAUCUACAAACGGCCAAGCCCCAUUUACCCCCGGUGGCAAGCCGGCGGAGGCCGCUCCAGACCAACAAGAAUACGAGGUUGGGGUUGAUCUGAUCUUCAAGACCAUUGAGUUGAUCUCCGUUCGCAUGUCACAUCUCGGAGAGCAGCGACGGCCGUUCCUGAGUGUGUUGGCGCAGCUGGUGGAGCGAUCGCAGAAUAUCAAACUCUGCAGCAAAGUUCUGGGCAUGGUUGAGACUUGGAUCUUCAACUCUACUGAGUCUUGGCCUACACUAAAAGAAAAGACCGCUGUGCUUCACAAGAUGCUGCUCUUUGAGUCUCGACCUGACCAGACGAUGCUCAAGAAGUUCCUGGACCUGGUCAUUCGCAUCUAUGAGGACUCAAAGAUUACUCGCACUGAGUUGACAGUCAGACUUGAGCACGCUUUCUUGAUCGGAACUCGAGCACAAGAUGUCGAGAUGCGCAACCGUUUCAUGAAUAUUUUCGAUCGCAGCUUGACCCGAUUGGCUAGCUCUCGGCUUAGCUACGUGCUUACCUGUCAGAAUUGGGAUACUCUUGCCGACUCCUUCUGGCUAGCCCAAGCGUCCCACCUCAUCCUGGGUUGUGUUGAUAUGAAUGUCUCAGCACGGCUUCAUCCGGAUGACUACACUGUUUAUCCGGUUUCCUUCCUCUUCGGCAAUGCAGACAAGGAUUCCAGAAAAGCGGAUGUUAUGGUAGACGCCCAGUUGGAAGCGUUCAUAUCUGAUCGCAAGAGGUUCAUAUCAGAACUUGGCGAUGUCAAAGCCCGUGAUCUGAUGGAGCCCCUCUGCCAGCUACAGCACACGGAUCCGAAAGUUGCCUACUCCGUCUGGACUACUCUGUUCCCGAUCUUCUGGUCCACGUUGUCCAGGGAGGACCGCAUUGAUCUGGAGAAGGGAAUGGUUACACUGAUCACUCGCGAAUACCACCAGAGACAGCUGGACAAGAGACCAAAUGUUGUACAGGCACUGCUCGAAGGUGUUGUGCGCGCGAAGCCCCGGUUCAAGAUUCCCCCACAUGUCAUGAAAUACCUCAGUCGCACUUACGACGCCUGGUACACUGCCGCUACAUACCUGGAAGAAUCGGCCAUCAAUCCUAUCAUCGAUACCCCCACUGUCCGCGAGAGUAACCUUGAUGCGUUGGUCGAAGUCUACGCUGGAUUGCAGGAGGACGAUUUCUUCUAUGGUACUUGGCGACGCCGCUGCAAGUUUGUCGAGUCGAAUGCUGCGCUGUCUUACGAACAACAGGGCAUGUGGGAUAAGUCUCAACAAUUAUAUGAGAACGCCCAGAUCAAGGCUCGCUCGGGUGCAAUGCCGUUCUCUCAGGGUGAAUAUUAUCUGUGGGAGGAUCAUUGGUUGAUCUGCGCGCAGAAGCUGCAGCAGUGGGAGAUUCUGAGUGAUUUUGCCAAGCAUGAGAACUUGAACGAUCUUCUCCUGGAGGCUGCUUGGAGGAACAUCGAGAGCUGGUCCAGUGAGACGAGCAGAGAGCAGUUGGAAUCCCUCAUCAAGUCUGUUUCCGACGCCCCCACGCCACGACGGACGUUCUUCCAAGGUUUUAUGGCCCUCCUUAAUUUCCACAUGAAGAAAGAAAACAUUCAAGAGUUCAACGGUGUUGUCGAUGAAUCAAUCCAGCUUUCGUUACGGAAAUGGUUACAAUUGCCCAAGAGGAUCACCAACGCCCAUAUCCCCAUCUUACAGCACUUCCAGCUUCUUGUUGAACUGCACGAUGCAAGCCAUAUAUGCGCCAGCUUGUCGCAGACCAACGAACGCAACUUGGACACCAAAUCUGCUGAGUUGAAGCUGCUUUUGGGUACUUGGCGCGACCGCCUGCCCAACCUUUGGGAUGAUAUCAAUGCCUGGCAAGACCUCGUGACUUGGCGUCAACAUAUCUUCCAGCUCAUCAACGCGACAUAUCUCAACCUCCUGCCGCCGCAGACCAACAACGUGGCUAGCAACUCAUACGCCUAUCGUGGCUAUCAUGAAACCGCAUGGAUCAUCAAUCGGUUUGCCCACGUUGCGCGCAAGCAUCAGAUGCCGGAGGUCUGUAUCAACCAACUGAGCCGCAUCUACACCCUCCCGAACAUUGAGAUUCAGGAAGCUUUCCUGAAGCUCCGUGAACAAGCCAAGUGUCAUUACCAGAACCCCAAGGAGCUGAACAGUGGGUUGGAUGUCAUCAACAAUACGAACCUGAAUUACUUCGGCGCGCAGCAGAAGGCCGAGUUCUACACGCUCAAGGGCAUGUUCCUCGCUAAAUUGAAUCAUGUCAAUGAGGCCAAUGAGGCGUUCGGCGUGGCCCUCUACUACGACUUGAGACUUGCAAAGGCCUGGUCGGAGUGGGGUCAAUACAGUGACCAGCGGUUCAAGGCUGAUCCUACGGAUUACGAGUUGGCAAGCAACGCCGUCAGCUGUUACCUAGAAGCCGCUGGACUCUACAAGGACGCCAAGUCCCGUAAACUCCUGAGCCGCAUCCUUUGGCUCCUAAGCUUGGAUAACGAAGAAGGACGCGUUGCAGGGGCGUUCGAGAAUUUCAAGGGUGACACCCCUGUGUGGUACUGGAUCACUUUCAUUCCGCAGCUCCUUACAAGCUUGUCACACCGCGAAGCCCGCCUUUGUAAGGCCGUGUUGGUGAAGAUUGCGAAACUGUAUCCUCAGGCGCUCUUCUUCCUGCUUCGUACUACCCGGGAGGAUAUGGCAAGUAUUAAGAAGACGCAUGAUCAGAAGCAAGAACAGAUCAAGAACAAGCUUCAACAGCAGCAACAGCAGCAACAGACUGCCUCGCCGCAGCCCAAGCCCUCUCCUGCAGCUGCUGGAGGCUCUCCUGCGCAGAAUAGUGCGUCCACGCCCGUGCAAGGCCAAACCUCCCAACCGACGAGCCAGCCGCAGGCUCAGAACCAAGCCCAAGCUCAGCAAGGAGCUCCCCAGAACCAGAGUCCCCAGGUUAACAACCAGGGCCAGGCCCAGCCCAAGCCUGCUACGCCGAGCCAGGGCCAGACCCCCAACCAGGGACAACAACAGGGUACGCUACCGACGGCUGGACAGAACGGGACGCCGCAGCAGAACCAGGGAGCUGGAGGUGACACGAAGCCUGAGGUGCAGAAGAAACCAUGGGAUUAUUCCGAUGAGAUCAUGUCUGGUCUGAAGACUGCCUUCCCCUUGCUCGCGUUGUCGAUGGAGACUAUGGUGGACCAGAUUCACAAGAAUUUCAAGUGUCCUCCUGAUGAGGAUGCUUAUCGACUCAUCGUCGCUCUCCUGAAUGAUGGGUUAUCUUAUGUCUCACGCAUGCCUGUUGCAUACAAGAACGAUUUCAGGCUGCCGUCAGCGACGGAGGGCAACAUCACACGGUUUUCUGAUACGAUUCUUCCUGCUCAUAUCCGCAAGGCCUUUGAGGCCGACUUCAUCAACCGCAGACCGUCGAUGUACGAGUACAUCCAUAAACUGCGGCGCUGGCGUGAUAAGUUUGAAGAGAAGCUGGAUCGUCGUCCUCAAUCGCAGUUCUUGGAGAGUUACUCGCCGCACCUCAGUGAGUUCCGUUUCCUCAAGUUUGACGAGGUCGAGGUACCUGGACAGUAUCUCCUCCACAAGGACAAGAACCAGGAUUUCGUGCGCAUUGACCGGUUCUUGCCGGACAUUGAUCUGGUACGGGGUAUCGGCGUCUGUCAUCGUCGUUUGAAGAUCCGUGGCCAUGAUGGCAGCAUCCACCCGUUUGCUGUGCAGCAUCCUGCGGCUCGCCACUGCCGUCGCGAAGAGCGCAUUUUGCAGCUUUUCCGUAUCUUCAAUGGCAUCUUGGCUAAGCGGAAGGAGAGCAGGCGACGCAACCUCUAUUUCCAUCUGCCGUUGAUGAUUCCGUUGGCCCCUCAUAUCCGUUUGGUCCGUGAUGAUACGUCGUACAUGUCCAUGCAUGGCAUCUAUGAGGACUACUGUCGGAGGGUUGGCUUCAACAGAGAUGAUCCUCUUAUCUUCACAAUGGAGAAGUUGAAGGCUCUCGCGGAGACGAAACAGAACCUGGUACUUCGCACGGAGAUCCUUACCGCUAUCCAAGAGAAAUGGGUCCCCAGUACCGUUGUCUUGGACUAUUUCCAGAGGACAUAUCCGAACUUCUCGGACUUCUGGCUCUUCCGCCGACAGUUUGCCUACCAACGUUGUUGGGACCCAUCGCCACGGAGGGCUUGUUCGCUUGUGCUAUGA